AUGUUGGCGUAUGGUGUACCAACAGAUGCUACCGAUGAAUACAUCAAAAUAGGAGAAUCUACAACUAUAAAAAGCUUGAAGCGAUUUUGUCGUGCUGUUGUCGAGGUGUUUGGAGCCUGCUAUCUCCGAUCACCUAACGCUGAUGAUGUUGCAAGACUACUCCACAUUAGUGAACGUCGAGGUUUUCCAAGAAUGUUGGGAAGUUUAGAUUGUAUUGCUCCACCUGCUAAUUAUGUUAUUAAAGGAAAAAAGUAUAAUAUGGGUUAUUAUUUAGUUGAUGGUAUAUAUCCAAAAUGGUCUACUCUUGUUCAAAGUAUUCAUGAUCCACGUCAUCGAAAAAAGAAAUUAUUUGCAAUGAAACAAGAAGCAUGUAGAAAAGAUGUGGAAUGUGCAUUUGGAGUAUUGCAGUCUAGAUUUUCAAUUAUUGCUGGACCGGCACGUCUUUGGAAUAAAAAAGUAUUACAUGAUAUAAUGACUUCAUGUAUUAUUAUGCAUAAUAUGAUAAUUGAAGAUGAACGUGAUAUUAAUGCAUCAAUUGAAGAGUGA